AGACAUAGUGAGCUAGCUCUGCAGAGAGAGACAGAGCGAGUGUGUGUGUGAGAGCAGGGAAGAAAGAGAGGGGGCUGUCUCGGGGACCUUUCUCCGACCGGCAACAUUCACAGCCAAUGCAGCCUCUGGUACUAUGGAAACUAAACCCCUGACCAAUGGAAAUAAUGGAGGCUACAAUGUGGCAGGUCACGGAGGGGCAUGAGAGCCUUGUCCGAGGCCAGUGCCGUUGCGUGCCGGACCCAGUGCUGGUGACGGGGACAUGGGCCUCUUCCUUAGGGCUUCCAGCACGACCCAGCUCAACACAAGCCAGAGCCUCAGCCACCAGCUGGUCCAGCACCAUCCAGACACCCACGGCAGCAGCAGCACCUCGAGUGACCCUGCCUCAGAGGGCUUCACCCUUCUCUCCGGCGACACCACCCCACGGCAGGCCCAGCACCCAGCACCGCAGCCGGAGACUAGUGCCACUAUGAGAGGUCUGGAGACUGAGGAGAGCCACAAUGCCAGUGCCACACCGACACCAGCAGGGGGAGAAGAGCCAAGCCUGACCAAGACAGAUUGCAGGGAGCAGGCAGAGACCCAGCCACAGGCCCAACCUCAGACCCAGCUCCAACCACAGAGGUCAGAUGAGAGCUGCUGUCAAGAGAAGGAAACUCAGGAGAACAUUGAGAUCCAGUUUACCCAGUCGUUUGACAAAGAGGAGUCGUCGUCAUCGCCCAUCAAGAAUGAAGUGGACCAAGAUAAAGGAGUGGAGAAGCUGCUGGAGAAGACUGAAAGGAUGCCCAGGAAGAUGCUGUCCAGAGAUUCCAGUCAGGAAUACACAGACUCUACUGGGAUCGAUGUCCAUGAGUUCUUAGUAAACACGCUGAAAAACAACCCCAGGGACAGAAUGAUGCUUCUGAAGUUGGAACAGGACAUUCUUGACUUUAUCAGUAAUAACGAAAGCCAGAAGAGAAAGUUCCCUCCGAUGACCUCCUACCACAGAAUGCUGCUGCACCGCGUUGCAGCCUACUUCGGCCUCGACCACAACGUCGACCAAACCGGGAAAUCUGUAAUCAUCAACAAAACUAGCAAUACGAGAAUACCUGAUCAGAAGUUUUCAGAACACAUCAAAGAUGACAAAACUGACGACUUCCAAAAGCGGUACAUUCUCAAAAGGGACAACUCCAGCUCAGACAAAGAUGACAAUAUGAUGCGGAUGAGACUGAAGGAAGACAGGAGGAGUAAGUCUAUAGAGGAACGAGAGGAGGAUUACCAGAGGGCCAGAGACAGGAUAUUCGCUCAAGAUGAUCCAGAUGGCUUUCCUCUUGAAAAAAGAAUACAGGAGGAUGAUGCCUGUAACAGCACACAGCAAAGACGGCAAAUCUUUAGGUUAAAAGAUGGCCGCUCGGCCAACAGUUGCCAGAGCAGCUCUGAGAACGAGCCCAAGAACGCUGAACCCCGGCCGUGGAGCAGCACUGACUCUGACAGCUCAAACCGUAACCUGAGGCCAGCCAUGACCAAAGCAAGCAGCUUCAGCGGCAUCUCUGUCCUCAUCAGGGGAGACAGCUCAGGCAGCAGCAAGAGCAUGGGUCGCCUCUCUAAGACUGGUUCUGAGUCUUCGGGUAGUGUAGGGUCCUCCACGGGUUCGCUCUCUCGCUCCCAGCCAACCCACCCUGUCCCGGCUCUAACCAAGGCUGGCUACCCCCACAACCACUCUGCGCUUCCCUGCCCAGCGGCCUACCCAGCUGUCUGCGCUAGUAGUACUGUGGUCUAUGAGGCGGGAGGCAGGAGCGUGGCACCGCCAGUGAACACAGCUAACACUAGCUACUAUUUGCUUCCUCUGGAAGCCACAGGGAUACCGCCAGGGAGUGUCCUGGUCAACCCACACACAGGACAGCCGUUUGUGAACCCGGAUGGAAGUGCUGUGGUGUACAACCCCAACCACGGCAUGGCUCCUCAGCAUCAUAAUCAGCAGGGCAGGACCCAGCAGCCCAUGCCCACUCCUCCGCACUUGCCUGGCCAGCACCAGCCCACCAAUCACAACCACGUCCUCGCACAGCAAGAGAACCUGGGAGCCCAGUUCAGCCACAUGAGUCUGUCCCGGCAGGCCUCUGGGGAGGGCCCCUCCGUGGUGCUCCAGGCCCCCCCGCAGCAGCAGGGCUUCAUGUUGCCCCCCCAAGGCCAGCCUGUCCCUGCCCCCCAGGCCUACAACACCCCCGCCCCUCCGCCUGUCAACCAGCCACUCAUGCAGCAACAAGGUUACAUGCAGCAGAUGCCAGCGUGUUACUGUGGGCCAGGCCAGUACCCCCUGUCUAACCAGGGGUACAGGCCUGUGGGCACAGUGCAGUAUAGUGCCCUGCAGAGCCAGCCAAUGCCCCCGCCCACACAACAGACAGGUUACCAAACUGUGAUGCUCAAUCAUCCACAGAGCUAUCAGAGUAUGAUAGUAGUGCAACAGCCACAGAGUCAAAACCCGGUCAGUGGCCAGCAGAACCCGGUCAGUGGCCAGCAGAACCCGGUCAGUGGCCAGCAGAACCCGGUCAGUGGCCAGCAGAACCCGGUCAGUGGCCAGCAUAGCAAUAUGGGACAUCAGAUGCAAGGCAUGAUGGUCCAGUAUCCCUCUAUGUCAUCUUAUCAGGUAUCCAUGCAGCCCCAAGGCUCCCAGGUUGUACCACAGCAAACUUAUCAGCAGCCUAUCGUCAUCCACAACCAGUCCAACCAGGGGCACAUGCCUGGCUCUGGUGUCCAGGUUUACUACAGUGUUAUCACACCCAAUCAACAGAGCUCCUCUGUAGAGUUCCUGCCUCCCUCCGGAUCAGAGCAGAUGUUGUUCCCUCGGCCGUGCUCCCCCUGCAGCUCCCAGCAGCCCCUCCAUCAGACACAUCAGUGCUCAGGUGGUGGAAUGGUGAUGAUGCAGCUGAUGAUGUCCCCUGGCCAGCAGCCGAGGCCUCACACGCCCUCGCAGUGGAAACACAGCAAGUACUACAGUCUGGAUCACACCAGAGGACAGAAGUCCACAGAACUCUCAGUCAUAGACACCUCACAGAGCAGUCCCCAGCUGGGCAAUCCCUCCACCUCCCCCGCCCAGUCGCCAACCCCCUCCCACCUGACCAAUGUGAAGAGCAACCGUCCUGGCCUCACCCCCGUACCCAUGAUGCCACAGUUCUCCAGACCCUUCGUGCCAGGGCAAGGAGAUGCUCGGUACCCGUUGCUAGGGCAAUCCCUCCAGUACAACCCCCAGAGCCGUCCUCCUCUCCUCCACUUUCCCCCCAUGGCCCCCAACCAUCAGGUACCUAUGGGGAUGCGGCACAGCGGUGGAGUAGGCAGAGGGAGGAAGCAGCCGAGGAAAGCUCUGUCUACAGAUCUCAGUGUAGGUCAACCAGUGAGUGGGCGGGUCCUGGAGGUGACUGAGCUGUCGGAGGGGAUCAGCCGGACCGAGGCGGACUCUCUGCUAGGUGAGCUCUCCAGAGCCAGGGCCGUGGUCUGAUGGCUCCGAGAGCACCACUACCAUCACAGCCGCGGGGUCUGGCAGUCAAUGGCUAACGGUGACCACCACCACCAUGCCAAACCCCCCCACCCACCCCCACGGUCAAACCCCUGUCAACCCAGCCUCCACCUAAACCAUCCUGGCCACGUUCCCCUUCAGAUACGCUGUGCAGAUGCCCUCCUCCGCCACAAUGGCCCACGGGCCUCCAUCAGACUUACCACGAACAGGUGCCACGGCCGUGGUUACGGCCACAGACACUCCCCGAGAGGGCCAGCUCACAGUAGAGGGCGUUAAGGACCCCUGGCUCGCCUUUUAAACCCUGACCCCUCACCAGCACCGCCAGUCACUUCCUGUUGCCAUCACUCCCCCCAGCCCCUCCUUUCCCCCUCCCUCUUCACUCACUAAGUUGGCUUGAUGUAAAGGGUUGUUUUUCCACUUGAUUUGUAGAGACUUGUUUGGGGGGAAUGUGUUGUACUUUGUUAUGUUCUUACUAGCGGUUUGACGAAAAAGAACAAAAUGUAACUGAACAUCCAAAAACCACAAUUAUUGAAGUUCCAAAUAUUAAUAACCUGUCUGCUCUCUGUUUUGAGAACAGGCCGGAACAUAUCAAAAGCCUGUAUUUUUAUUUUAUUUGUUCAUUUGUUUUAUAGUUGUUGAAAUCUUGAGUCAGACCCAAAGCUCAGCUCUCCAUUAUUACUCACCCAGCCCAGUUGCAGUGUCUGGCCUGGUUCAGUUUAACUCAACCAAACCCCAGGGUAGCUUACUAUCGGCCAGCCUGCCACCACCCACUUGCCCCAUAUUGUGGCCGGUACAUGAUGAAGUUGCCCUCGACUACACAAUGGUCUCUAGUUGUGCCUUUCUCUCCAAAGUCUACUGCUUUAUUCUCCAAGAAACGCAAAAUGAAGACACCCUAGUCAGAGUCUAUUGUUAAAUGAAAAGACCUGCACCUUGUAAAUAAUUUAUAUAGUAGCUAAAUAAUUCAAUCAGUUCUCUUUUUCACAGUGAACGUUCUGUAUGUGUGUUGUUCACAGGCAGGCACAGAUGAGAGCAGCGGGGGGAAAAGGCUUGUUUGAAACCCCUGGUUUUUAACUUCAUUUAAAAUGACACUCCUCCACCGCAACGGCAUAUUUUAGCAAUCAUCUGCUUGGAUGGCCUCCUCUCUCUCUCCACCACACUGUCCUCCCUCUCUCCUCUUCUACAAGGCCUACAGUGUCAAAUCUUUCAUUAGGUCUUUUUAAAUGAUAUACUUACUGGGUCACUGGAAGAAAAAACAGUUUGCACAUUUAUACAACUGAAUAUAUAAAAAUUAUCUAUUUUUCCUUUAAUUUCUCUCAAAGAUAAAACAAAUGUGUGGAUUCUGAAAGGCUGUUCAAUGCUGGUGCAAGUCAUUUUUAUUUCAUUUUGAAACCAAUAAAUGUUUACACCAAAAUAUGUGGGGGUUUUUUCAGAUCACAGGAAGUCCUUUGAAAUGGAUGGGUACUCUGGCUUUCUAUCUGUCCAGAAUCUCCAUAUGGCUUUGGAUGUCCUCUUUCAUGAUGUUUAAACUGACGAUUUAAUUUUUAUUUUAUUUUUAUCAACACUAGGCAUAGUCCUACUUCAGAUGUCAGUGUAAGCAUAGAGAGUGGUUUGUUUUGCUAUGGGUGGAAGGUGGGCAUGUGGGUUUUAUACUUGGUCUUAUCUAAUUUGGUCUUUGGUUGGUGCUGUUCAUCUCAAUCCAAAUUUUAUAGGGUCAUUUGUCUGCUACAUUAACCUCCCACCAACCUCAUCUCUUCCAAUGCCUCACAGUUCCCUCUUCCACUGUCAUAGUUGCCAGAAACAGUUUAGAAUGGAUGGCUUCUGCUGUGUUCAAGACAACUGGGAAAUAAGAAACAUUUGGACUGAGGGGGGGAAAAAAUAAUGAACGGUCAACCAACUUUCUGGAGCUCGAACUUUCCAGUUGUCUUGAACACACCAUUCAUCGCUCUGUCUUAUCCGUCAUGUGAAGUCUGUUUUGUCGUGGCAUUAAGGUUCUCCAUUCUGAUUCUGAGAUUAUUAACGGAUAAUUAAACCAACAUCUAGAGUACUUAGCUCUGUGUUGCAGCCAAGGUUGGUGAAAUGGCGCUUUUGUAAUUGAGGAAAUUCUCUCAGCAAUAAAUGACCCUUGGGUUGUUUUGUUAUGAUUA